CUGCGGCUGCGGGUCCGGCUGCCGAGUCCCCGCGGCGCUGCGGCCCCGCUCUGGCGCGCAGACCGACCCGCGCCCCGGCUCGCUGCCCGCAGCCCUCUAGCCCGCGCGCCGCGCUGCGGCAGGUGCCCCGGGCAUCCCGAGGCGCGGCGGCCGGAGCCCGGCCGCCAUCGAUGACCCCGGCCUCAGACCUGCUCCCGGCCGGCCGCCCCGUGUCUUGUUUCAUCAUCUGUGUGGGGUAUUAAAUCAUGGGGAGGAAGCUGGACCUGUCUGGUUUGACUGAUGAUGAAACAGAGCAUGUUCUUCAGGUGGUUCAGAGAGACUUCAAUCUUCGCAAAAAAGAAGAAGAACGACUAAGUGAGCUGAAGCAGAAGUUGGAUGAGGAGGGCAGCAAGUGCAGCAUCCUCUCGAAGCAUCAGCAGUUCGUGGAGCACUGCUGCAUGCGCUGCUGCUCACCCUUCACCUUCCUUGUCAACACCAAGCGCCAGUGUGGGGACUGCAAGUUCAACGUCUGCAAGAGCUGCUGCUCCUACCAGAAGCACGAGAAAGCCUGGGUCUGCUGCGUCUGCCAGCAAGCGAGGCUUCUGAGGACCCAGUCUCUGGAAUGGUUCUACAAUAAUGUGAAGAGCCGCUUCAAGCGCUUUGGCAGUGCCAAGGUCCUUAAGAACCUGUACAGGAAACACCGGCUAGAGAGUGGAGCAUGCUUCGACCUUCUAGGAGGAAGCUUUUUUGAGUCAAACCUGGAGAAUGAAGGAAGCAUUUCUGGCAGUGAUUCAACAUUUUAUAGACAAUCAGAAGGACACAGUGUGAUGGACACCUUGGCUGUGGCCCUGCGGGUGGCUGAAGAGGCCAUCGAGGAAGCAAUUUCCAAAGCAGAAGCCUAUGGGGACAGCCUGGACAAGCAGAACGAGGCCAGCUACCUGCGGGACCACAAGGAGGAGCUCACUGAGGAGCUGGCCACAGCCAUCUUGCAGAAGAUCAUAAGAAAACAGAAAAGCAAAGGCGAGCAGCAAACGGAAGAAGAGCCGGAGUGGCCACAGCUGCAGAGCUGCGGCGUGAAGGCAGCAGAUGAGGGGACCACAGUCCCCCCAGGAGGCCGCGGAGCUUCCGCCACCCUGUGGCGGUCCCGGUCUGAGUUCUCCAUCACCAGAGAAGAUGCCCUGAAGACCUCUUCGCUGGGGCCAGCGUCAAGGCCACCGAGGGACCAGGGCCAGCGCCCGAGGGAGGAGUCUGCUCUGCCCGGCUGGAAGAGCGUGGACAGGCUGGACGAAACAAACCUGGCCCCAGUUUUGCAGAGCCCCGACGGGAACUGGGUGGCCCUGAAGGAUGGCGCUCCACCCCCCACCCGCCUGCUGGCCAAACCUAAGAGUGGGACGUUCCAGGCCCUGGAGGUGGCCUCCAGCGUGGCGUCCGCCUAUGACGAGAUGGGCUCCGACAGCGAGGAAGACUUUGACUGGAGUGAGGCCUUGAGCAAGCUGCGCCCGAGGUCCCGGGACCCGCCCAGGAACCCGCAGCCUCAGCCCACGCAGGCCCAGGGCUCUGAUCAAGGCCUCUCAGCCGCGACCCCCUCCUCUGGGCUCUCUCCCAACCCCGAGGCCAUGUGCUCUGACUCGGAGACCUCCUCGGGGGGCUCUUCCCGGGAGGCCGGGCGCCGGGCCAGACUGUGCUGGCUGCAGAGGAAGGCCCCCAGGAACCCUGCAGCGGAGGAGAUGCGCAUACAGGGAGAGCUGGACGUGAACUUCAACCCCCAGGUGGCCAGCGGAGAGACCUCAGACAGCAGCGAGCCAGAGGAGGCCCUCCACGCCGCGGACCGCCGGGCCAGGAGGUGGAGAAGGGCCCGAGUGGGCUCAGAGGAGCCAAGCAAGGAACCAGCUCCCCCCAGCGCCCCUCAGGACCAGGACAGACAUCAGGUGUCGGGUGAUUUAUCGGAGGCUGACAUCAGCAGUGAGGCUCCGCACCCCCGGACUCCCGCAGACACCACGGAGGAGAAACUGAGAAACAGGUUGUACGAGCUAGCAAUGAAAAUGAGUGAAAAGGAGACUUCUUCAGGGGAGGAUCAGGAGUCUGAACCCAAGACAGAAUCUGAGAACCAGAAGGAAAGUCUGUCCUCUGAGGACAACAGCCAGAGCGUCCAGGAAGAGCUGAAGAAGGAAAAAAGAGAAGCUUUAGCUGUCCACUUAGAGCUACAGCUCUUAUCCACAGUGCUUGAACAGAAGUAUUCUGCUGUUUCUCUCUGCAACAUCUCCACAGAAGUCCUGAAAGUCAUCAACGCCACAGAGGAGCUGAUAGCAGAGUCUACAGGGCCCUGGGAGUCCCCACCAGCCCCUCCUGACAGAGAGAAGGGGACAUUUCCUCUUGGGACAGACCAAGUGAGACUGGACGAGCAGCUGACUUCCCUGGAAGAAAACGUGUACCUGGCAGCAGGCACCGUGUACGGCCUGGAGAGCCAGCUGACUGAGCUGGAAGAUGCUGCCCGCUGCAUCCACAGUGGCACUGAUGAGACCCAGCUGGCAGACCUGGAGGACCAGGUGGCCACAGCUGCCGCCCAAGUCCACCAUGCUGAGCUCCAGAUUUCUGAUAUCGAGAGCCGGAUUUCAGCCCUGACCAUUGCAGGAUUAAACAUAGCACCGUGUGGGCGCCUCACAAGAAAACGGGCUCAGAAGCAAAGGAACCAGGUACAAACCAUAGACACAUCAAGGCAGCAAAGGAGGAAAUUGCCUGCUCCACCGGUGACAGCUGAAAGAAUGGAGACAUCUUCAGUGACCACCAUUAAAACAUUUAACCACAACUUCAUUCUCCAAGGCUCCUCAACGAACAGGACUAAAGGAAGGGAAAGCACCACCAAGGAUUUGACGGAGCCCUCUCUGGAGUCAGCUGUGAUGUAUUAACGCCAUGGAACUCCACUGCCAGUGACCCACUGCCUCGGCCGUACACGACAGUGCCUUGACCCAACAGCCAUCGAUUACUGUAUGGAUUUCCACCUGAGGACAAGGCCUGGGGAGCCACAGUGCACCAUCACAGGGCUGUCCUGAUACCUCACCCAGAAAGCCGUCUCGGACUUGAGCAUUGCGGUCUUGCCCACUCUCUGCCUUAGGCUCCCAGGGGAAUCCAAGACAGAAAACCAAGACGCUGGCUUCCAACAACAGAGCUUCACGUUCAAAAGAUGCAUCUUUUCCCUGUUCGCUUUGCUACUGUGUGUUGACUUUAAGAUCUUUGGUUUGUUUUUUUUUUUUAUCCCUUUGAUUCAGCUAGAAUUUCAUAUCAAUAAUUUGUCCAAGGGAAAAUUGUUGGAGGGGGGUGGAGGGAAGGAAAGUGGAGGUUAUUAUUUAAUUCAUCAUCAGUGUUUAUUAAUCUCUCACAAGCGUCUUUGUCUUACAAAUGCUAAGGGAAAAGCCAGCCCCUGCAGUCAGCAUGAGGGACAGUCUAAUUUGGGGACUGCUCCCCAUCAAGGCUGCAGGUCUCCCUUCAGCCACCUCCUUCCUGCUAAGCCUUAGCUUGCCAUGCUUCCAGUCGUUCCCAUUGCUUUGCAGUCACCAGCCACAGGAUGGAAAGCUCUGACUCACCCAUGCCACACCUGGGUGUGAAACAAUGUCUCAUUAAGAAUUUAAUGGGCCUACUGAGUUUCCCCACUCUGAAGGGGAGAGGGGCUUGAAAAAGACCACCACUGGUUCAACUUUAGGGCGCUGUCCAGAAUCAACAUGAUGCAGUUUAGCAAUGACCACAUCUAAAAAUGAAUUAUUGAAAAAUAUAACCACAUGAGAACACUUUUGUCCUCCAAAAUUUAUUUCCCAAUAAGUAUUCAUCAAAGUAGCAAAAUGACCUUAAAGACAAAAAUGGUUAGGGAAUAGGCUUAGAAAAUUUACAGGCAUGAGAAAAGCAAGGACAAAUUGUGAAUUUAAUGGACAUGACGAGUUGAUACUAACUCCCGUUUGUGGUCCGUUUGGACCUGUCUCAAAUGCAUGACUAGAGUGUGCUUAUAAAAGCAAAUGGAACCCGAAUUUUACUCAUUUAGUUGGGCAUUAGCACCCUUUUUAAAAAAUGUUUUCUCCUGAUAUAUUCUGAAUCCAAGGAAGAAGGCAAAAGAUGGGAGGCAAGAAAGUAGUAUAAUUAAUGAGUGUUAAGUGCCUGCUCCGAAGGAGGUGAUGUUCUCAUUUUAAUCCUUAUAGCAACCCUACGCAGAAUGUAUUCUCAUGUCUCAGAUUGGAUAACUAAGGGCCAGAGAGAUUAAUUUGCCAAAGCCACACCUUUAACCUAAUUAUAAUUGGAAUGCCUCACAAAAGCCUAAUUCUGUGUUGUUUUCAACCUCUAUGUUCUUCUGCUGCUAUGUGAUUUGCUGCCGAUUCAUGUGCUGUGAUCCACUUCUGAUGGGGGUCUACGUUUCUUCCAGUAAUCCUCCUUGCUGAUGCCAUGUAUGUGUUAUCCAACAGGAACGACUCCUUUGAAACAAGCAAAUCUUUGGCUUUUCUGUUGGGGUGAUUCAAAGCAAAACAAACAACAAAUUUUUAAAAACACAGCAAAAAAAGAGAUCUGACUUCCAAAUAGAAUGUUUUCUUUAAGAGGCAUGAAAAGCAACUAUUGUUGUGUUACAGUGUUAAAAUAUUCAGUUUUCUUUGACAAAAACGUGUACUGUGUAAGCCUUGCAAAAACAAAAACAAAAAGAAGAAGCCUGCUCUGUGGCAUUUGAAUUUUUAUAAAAGGUUUCCUUGUGCCAAAUAAGUGCAAAGAUUUAAUUUACUAUUAAAAACCAUAAGCAUAUGUUAUAGUUCCAGAAGAAUUAUUUUGUCAUCAAGUGAUUUUGAUCUUUAGUGUCAAUAUUUAUAUUUAGAUUAAUUUUUAUAAAUGAAAAUAUUUUAAUGGUUUGAGAAAAUGAGGACAAUAGGACAAUAUCUUUGAUGACUUCUGAAAGUUCUGCUUCCCUUCAUAUUAUAUGCACAUUGCCAAGAAUUACUGUCAAGAGAAAUGAUAAAGAAGUAAAAGUCAUUUAUGAAAAUAAA